AGAUCUUCAUCCUUCUGUCAUAUAACGCCGUGGAAGUUACACGCGGGGUGCAUGCACCCGGGUCAUUCUACACUUGUGGUGGACGAGGGCGGGGAUCGUUGCGCAACAAUCGGCCCACCGCCAUGACAGGGACCCGGCCAGGCUCCGGGCAUGCAGCUCGACUCAGAUCGUCCAGUUCGAGGGAUAAGACGUCAGAGGAGCCCCUGUAAAGUGUGAACCAGAGCAUCCGGAACUGGAGUCUGGACCUUUGACCGCCGCAUUGUCAAGCUGUCACGAGACCGGGAAGACGGUUUGGAUAUCUCAUAACAAUGGCUGGCGGUGUCAAGAAACCCGUCAACAUCUUCAGGCUCAGGAAUCUGAGCGAGCCCAACGAGGUAUUCAACUGGAGACUAUGGUUCGCUGUCCUCUCCUUCAGCCUUCUAGGCGCCGCCCGCGGCGUUGACGAGGGCCUGAUCAGCGGCGCAUUCAACAGCGAACAUUUCCAGAAGACUAUCAACUACAGCUCAUACUCAACUGUCGACCAAGCCAAUAUCAAGGCCAAUGUCUCGGCCAUGGUACAGAUAGGCUCUGUUGGAGGCGCGCUGAUCGCGUUUCUUGUUUGUGACAGGAUCGGGCGUAUAUGGGCCACACGGCAGCUUUGUAUUCUUUGGAUGGUCGGAAUUGCCAUCUUCAUGGGGUCCAACGGCCACCUAGGCGCUAUCUACGCAGGGAGAUUCAUCGCCGGGCUGGGUGUCGGACAGACGCCCGUUGUAGGCCCAGUCUACCUCGCUGAGAUUGCACCAGCAAGUAUUCGAGGCCUCUGCACAUGUGCCUUCACCGGCUUUGUUUACCUCGGCAUCGUCCUGGCAUAUUUCACAAACUACGGCUGCGAGAUCAACAUGGACGACGACACGGCAGCCCGGUGGCUAGUGCCAACAAGCAUACAUCUCAUGUUCGCAGGCAUCAUCUUCCUCCUCACGUUCUUGCAGUACGAAUCGCCACGGUACCUCAUCAUGAAAGAUCGGAAUGUCACGGCGCUUCAGACCAUGUCCCGGCUACGCCAGCUACCUGCGGACCAUGACUACGUUGUCCGUGAGAUCAAUGCAAUUACGGCGAACCUAAUUGAAGAAAGGGAAGCGACAAAGAGUGCAGGGUGGCUCGGCAUCCUCAGGGAAGCCUUUGCUAACCGUAGGAACCUCUACCGCGUGUGCCUCGCCCUUGGAGCGCAGAUCCUCUCCCAAUGGUCGGGUGCCGGCUCCAUCACACUCUACGCGCCCGACCUCUUCGCUCUGCUCGGCAUUGCCGACACCAACACGUCCCUCCUGGUUACGGCCGUGUUUGGCCUUCUCAAGCUUGUGGCAGCCAUCAUUUGCGCCCUUUUCCUAGUAGACGUCAUUGGCCGCAAGCGGUCCCUCCUGCUGGGGAUCAGCUUCCAGACGGUUUCGAUGAUCUACGUGGCCAGCUUUCUGACGGCUGUCCCCUCGCUCGAGGUCCAUAACGAAAAUCAACGCACGUACACGCCCUCGCAGCUGGCCGCGUCCAAGGGCGCCGUCGCCAUGAUCUACCUGUCGGGAUUCGGCUGGGCGCUUGGGUGGAACAGCAUGCAGUACCUGCUCACGGCCGAGCUCUUUCCGCUGCGCAUCCGCGCGUUUUGCACGUCGCUGGCCAUGACAUUCCACUUUGUCAACCAAUACGGCAACGCGCGGGCCGUACCGAACCUGCUGCUCCCUCCCUCGCAUGGGGGUAUUUCCCCCCACGGGACGUUCUGGUUCUUUGCAGCCAUGACCAUGCUGGGCGGGCUCUGGGUGUGGUUCGCGGUGCCCGAGACAGCGGGGCGCAGCCUGGAGAGCAUGGACCGGCUGUUUGAGCUGCCUUGGUACAAGAUUGGCCGGUAUGGGAACCGGGAUGCCGAGGCGAGGGAUUUGAGCGCUGAAGGAGAGCUGGAGAAGGUCUCGCAGGGUUUGGAGCUGGAAACGGUCCGGCACGACAAUCAGGCUAGCAAGGUAUAGACUGGGAAUCACCGGCGGGUGGCGUGGUAGGCGGUUGGGCACUCGAUGUGCAUCUCAGCUGACCCUAUCUAAACCUAAAAUCGACUAGAGGGCAGAUGGUGAAGGCAGCUUCAGCAUUCAAGGUGUUCAGUUGACUAGAGGUACCUACGUUAGGUUAUCAGCAAACUUAGGACAAGCUCAAAGCGGCCUGAGUCGCUCGUGGGCGAAGCAAGUUGUCUAAAGGUACUAUACACUCUUGGGGUAUCAGUCGCAUCCACAUUCGUAUCGAUGUAGAUGGGGCUCGAAGUCUGUAUCAACAAUCAAUCGAUCCCCGUGACUCCUCUGAGUCAUUUCACAACUCAAUCGGUUGUAUGCUCAACUCCCUUUCAG